AUUUUUUUUAUCCAACUGAAGACGUGUUUAUUUAGUAUGUUUUUUUAAAAGUGGGACACAGCUAAAUACUCGUACUUGGCUCCAUCAACAAAAGCGUCGCAAAGGUUAAAAAAAAAAAACAUUACCUGCACCUGUUUGGGAUUUGAAGUCUAUUCUGGUGGCCAUUACAAUUACAAAACAUUAAGGACGCUUUUUGAAAGAACUACAAGCAGCCACUCCGCUCUCAACACCGCCCACCCUGCCUCUCGACUACAGUUUUAUCAGGCAGAAAACUUCCUGAAUGAGAUACUAACCACAACAACAGGGGCAGAGUUGCCUGUAGGACAAAACGACGGAACCAUUUGUCGGUCGUUGUUGUUACAUAUUUUUUGUUACCGCUGUUUUAUCACCAGGCUCUACAGCUAGCGACAUAGCUCUCGUUAGCUAAAGACGGAGUUGAUCACCUGCUCUAAGCUGCUAAUCUCAUGUUAGCACGCUCCCUGUAGGUAUUGCUCACUUAUCCACCUCCUUGACAUCGGCACUCUGCCUUUCCUCGACUCACUGGCACCUGUCUCACCGCAGGUCCUUGUCUGCUCCCAUUCUGUCAGUCUCUGUGAGUGAUUGAAUGCGGCGAGACUGGCAUCAGUAGACAAGCACACACACAGAGGGCCAUUGAUUGGUCAAGGAUGACCAUGGAUGACAUGAAGAAUGAAGCCGACACCACCUCACUAGUCUCCAUGGCUCUCUACACUGUGAUGUAUCCCGUCUUUAACCAGUUGGAGCAAGUCAACUUAUCAGCAGCGCAGACCUUGAGAGCAGCUUUUAUAAAGGCAGAGAAGGAGAACCCAGGCCUGACCCAGGACAUUGUUGUCAAAAUACUGGAGAAGAAGAACUUAAAAAUCAACUAUAGUGAGUCUCUACUUCGCAUGGCUGCGGACGAUGUGCAAGAGUUCAUGAUUGAUAGACGAGAGCCAGAGUUCCAGGAGCUGAACGAGAGGGCCCGAGCUCUGAGACACAUCCUCAGCACCAUACCAGAUGAGAUCAAUGACAGAGUAGGCUUCCUACAGACCAUCAAAGACAUUGCCAGUGCCAUAAAGGAGCUGCUAGACACAGUUAAUACUGUCUUCAGGAAAUACCAGUAUCAGAACAGACGGGCAUUGGAACAGCAGAAGAAAGAGUUUGUGAAAUACUCCAAGAGCUUCAGCGACACUCUCAAAACAUACUUCAAAGACGGAAAAGUGAUAAACGUGUUUGUCAGCGCCAACCGGCUCAUCCACCAAACCAACAUGAUACUGCAGGCCUUCAAGACGGUGGUGUAGCAGCCUGAGAAGACAUACACACCGACAGACAUUUUUAUUUGAGAAAAGGUGAUAUGAGGCUGUGUAAUUUGUAAAGACAUUGUAUUAUUUUGGGCUGUAUAAUUUAUAAUUCUGUAGCUUUGAGGGUAGAUCAGGUAGUUUAAGGUUCAAAGCAAAUCAGGUUGACAGUAAUUGCCAGGGAUUUUUAACUCUCUUUUAUGUUGUUCUUUUAUCAGAUUCUUAAGUCAAUAUUCCUCUAUAUAUUUCUCUCUCUGUUCAGUACUGUGUAGGACUAAAAAAGUAUAGGGGAAUGUGAUCAUUUUUCAUGUCCUCAAAAGUUUGGCAAUUGCAAAAGUCUUAAAAAGUUACAAUAAAAACAAGUGGCAUUCAGUUUCCAAACACA